UUUUUAGGUUUAGACAAAAUAGUAUUCCAAUAAAUGUAGAGGGCGUGUAGCACGGUGCUGAAUGUAAAGCGAACCUAUUGAUAAUAAAGGCUUAAUAAAACUUUUCUUCUUAAUUAAAUUGAAUUUAUGAAGUUAAAAUAUGACGGAUAGUUCGGACGAAGAAUUACACGGUGCAGAGGGAGACGAAAAUUGGGUUUUAUAUCGAAAUCGUGAUGAAUGGAACGAUGUGACUCCUUUAUCUCAAGAUGAUGGUCCAAAUCCAAUUGUUGCUAUUGCUUAUUCUGAUAAAUUUCAAGAUUCAUAUGAUUAUUUUCGAGCAAUUUUAAAAUCUGGGGAAAAGUCAGAACGUGCUUUAGGAUUGACAGAAGACUGUAUUUGGUUAAAUCCUGCAAAUUACACAGUAUGGCAAUUCAGAAGGGAAAUAAUUAAAGCUUUAGGAAAAGAUUUUAAAGAAGAGUUAAUAUAUAUAGAGAAGAUUAUAAAAUACAAUUCCAAGAAUUAUCAAGUUUGGUAUCACAGAAAAGUUAUUAUAGAAUGGCUGCAAAAUGCUUCAGAAGAGUUGGAAUUUACCAAGGUUAUCUUACGAAAAGAUGCAAAAAAUUACCAUGCCUGGCAACAUCGUCAAUGGUGCAUUAAAACAUUUAAUUUAUAUGAUCAGGAAUUGGAAUACGUAGAACAGUUAUUAAAUGAGGAUGUUAGAAAUAAUUCUGCAUGGAAUCAACGUUAUUUUGUUAUAAGUAAUACAACUAAGUUUGAAUCAAAUGUAAUCAACAAAGAAGUUGAUUUUGCUUUGGAAAAAAUUUCUUUAGUCAAAGGAAAUGAAAGUGCCUGGAAUUAUCUUAGAGGUAUACUUAUGCAUGAUAGUGCUGGUUUAACUCACAAUGACAAAGUACGUAAAAAAUGUGUAGAACUUUAUGAGGCAGGAUAUCGGACCAAUCAUUUGUUAGCCUGUAUCAUUGAUAUUUGCCAGAACAGUUGUAUAAACGACGAAUCACCCGAAUCAAUAUUUCACAUCAAUAAUGCUCUGAAGCUGUGCAAAGAGCUAUCCGAAAAUUACGAUAAGAUCAGAGAACGAUACUGGAAUUAUAUUGGCCAUCAAUUAUUACAGAAGUUAGAAACGGUGUCGUAAUAUUUUCUAAAUCGAACAAUGGCUUCUCAAGCGGCUCAUAUAAGUCAUUGUCAAAUGGUUCUACUAUUGGAACUUUCAUACAUUAACAUUUAUCUUUUACAAUGCUAAGAUGUAUAUACUAAGGAAAGACUUAAUGGUUAUAAGGCAAUCUUAUUUUACACGAUGUAACUUAAGAUUUAUGUUUCUGAAAAUACUAUACUUUUUUAUUUUCACGAAAUAAAAAAAUGUAAUAACUCUAAACUAUAUAAAAAUUUUAUAUUUUUAGAAAAAUGAUACCUCAAUUACGAAACCUUUUAAAAAUACAGAAUGGAGUUUUUAGGAGAAAGAGUAGUGUGCAAUGACGAACAUUAAUAUCUAUUUAUUUAUAAAAUAGUUACAGAUUCCCGUGUAUAAUACAUAAGUAAUUGGCAAUAAUCAUUCAUUAUAAUAAAUAGCUAGGCAUUGGCGUAAACUAAUCAUAAAAACCUAACUUUUAAUAUAGCAUUUUUAUUUCUGAGGGAUGCUCAGUUUUUAGUACCCUUUCUAAACUGAUAGAAAACCGAGGCUUCAUUACUAAAAAAUGUGAGACGAUUUUAAUCUCAAAAUAGGUAUAUAUGCCUUCUUUGGAGGCAGUUAGCGGAUCGUCUGAAACGAGAAGCGAUUUUCGUUGCGGACAAGCGACGGGCAGUGACUGUGUUGCUCGAGCCGGACGAUUCGCUUUUAUGUCUAGAUAUGAGAAUUUUUUCUUUUCUUUCCUUUUCUUUCUUUCUGUUUUUUUGUUUUUAUUAAUAGUUUCUGGCCCUUCCGUAGGAUCUAACGAUACCCUAAUGAUAUAGGAAAGCAUAUUUUUUCGAAACUUGUAUUUAUUUUGGAUAACACAUAUUGAUAAUAUAUAAAAAAACACAACACUUCUUUCUAUCCUUCGUUCGAAAUCUUAUCUGAUGAGUAAUGUUACACGAGCUACUAUAUAUAAAAAAGAAAAAAGAUAAUAAAAAAAAAAAAAGAAAAGAAG